UAGAGUUUGAGCUCCGUCAAGUUGAUUUCUUAUUGUUUGUUUUUCAAUUUAAAAUCAAAUUUAUACACCAUCAUUUUCGUUUCUUAUAACGUGUGAAUAUACCCCCUGUUGUAUUUUACAACUAAAACAUCCGGAUUACUUUGUUAUAACUAGUUUUGUUUUGAUUUCCCGAGUUGCUAGCUUAUAGCCCUUUAGCAGCACCAGCGUGGUUGCCGCUAAUCCUGCUUGCAUUGUUUACACACUAUUUACACACAUUACCAUUGUUUACUCACUGUUACUUGCUUUAAUGGCGAAUUUGUGUCCACCUUUGAGUGCAGGUGAGGACACGUUGGAGGCCGUGGAGAAGCAGAUUCAGGAGCUGUUGGAGAGGCAGACCGAGCUGAGAGAGCGGAGAGCCGCUCUGGAAUCCUCCCGGGUAAGUAUACAGCGCAAUACUAACACUCUGACCACCUCUACUCCGUGUGCUUCUCUGCACAGGUCCCGUGCACCCUGGACGCGAUCUUCCCAGAUGUCCUUCACUCCGGCGCCGGGACACCACAGACCCUGGGUGCAGCAGCAGCGGAAGACGCGAGCCAGGCCCCGGCCGAGGACCUCGCCCCCUCCGCUGCCUCCGGUCUUCGAGAUCUCCACCCGGAACCGCUUCGCUCCCCUCCGCGAGACGGAACGCGACGCUGUGAUCGUCGGAGACUCCAUUGUCCGGUACGUACGUGCUACUUUAGCUAAAGGUAAAGUCCACACCCACUGUUUUCCUGGUGCUCGCGUUCUCGAUGUUUCUGCGCAGAUACCCGCAAUCCUGAAGGACGGCGAGAGCGUCGGCGCAAUCGUCCUGCACGCGGGGGUGAACGACAUCAAGCUGCGGCAGACGGAGGUUCUGAAGAGGGACUUCAGCAGUCUGAUCGAGACGGUUCGCAGCACGUCGCCCGCGAUGAGGAUCAUCGUGUCAGGACCGCUUCCCACGUAUCGACGUGGGCACGAAAGGUUCAGUAGACUUCUUGCUCUAAAUGAAUGGUUAUUGACAUGGUGUAAAGAACAGCAACUGCUCUUUGUUAAUAAUUGGAAUCUUUUCUGGGAACGUCCUAGGCUUUUCCGUGCUGACGGCCUGCACCCCAGCAGAGUCGGAGCGGAACUGCUGUCGGACAACAUCUCCAGGACGCUAUGCUCCAUUUGACUAGAAUUCACAAGCUCCAGUGUGGAUACAGAACACUUAAGAAGAGAUGAUGCCAACCCUGAAAACAUACAGCACUACCGAAUUCUGCUACUAAUUUAUAGUGUUCUUUGUCUGUUUGAUUACGUCAUUAAUUGAUCUUUACCACACAUCUCUGCCAUAUGUACAUCAAGCUACUACUACAUAUAUUGUAAAAAUGUCAAUUUGGUGUAAAGCUGCUUUGCAACGAUAUGUAUCGUGAAAAGCGCUAUACAAAUAAAUUUGAAUUGAAAAUUUGAAUUGAAUUGAAAUUAACAAAGAAGAAAUAGGGAAUGCUAUCGAUAGUAUGAAGUCAGGAAAAGGGGCAGGACCAGAUGGUCUCCCAAUAGAUGUGUAUAAAAAAAUUAAAAAUGAACUGCUAACUCCACUUGUGGAAAUGUUUCUGGAGGCAUUUCAGAAAGGCAGUUUCCCACCCUCUAUGAAUAGUGCUCUAAUUAUCUUAUUGCCAAAACCAGGUAAACCCUCUAACAAAUGUGAAAAUAUGAGACCCAGAAGUUUGUUAAAUUCUGACCUCAAGAUAAUAUGUAAACUUUUGGCAAAAAGGUUACAAAAAUUAUUGCCAAAUAUUAUUAAUAAAGAUCAAAAUGGAUUUAUAAC